AUGGGUUCGGCGACUGUAUCGCAGCAAAAACAACAACAAUCUGCUUAUCCUAUCGAUCCGACUGGUGCUAGGCCUGGAUCGUUCCCGUCGCAAACUCAAGCUAAUAGCAUGGCUUCGAUGGCGCAAUCACCUGCUUAUGAUCAGUCGUGUAUGACACAAGGUGCAGCAUGCAUGCCGCAGAGCGGUUACAGUAUAAUGCAUCAGCAGCAGCAACAAAUGAUGAUGUCACAAGGAUCAGCCAUGCAAAUGCAAUACCGAUCACAGCAAACUUAUUCAACGAUGCAACAAAUGCGUAUGUAUGGCCAACAGCAACAACGCGCUAUGUUAUUGCAUCAACAACAACAAUUGGCCAAUUCAGCACAGUCUCAACCAGCAGCAAUCUAUGAAAACGGUGCGAUGUAUCCGUACGGUAUCCCUACGGCCACCCAGCGUACACCUGGUAUGCCUGGAAUGUCCGCAAUGGGCACGGGCACAAUGUGUGCCAGUACCCAAAUGCAACGGCAAAUGAUGAUCGCGAAUGGAGGUGGCAUGAUGAUGAUGUCACCGAAUGGUGCGUGUAUGCCCCCGCAUCAAUCCUAUCCACCUCGCGUCCGAAAUCCGCCUUCAGUGAGUCCCGCAUAUCCGCAAGGUACUACCGCAGUACCGGGCUACCCGCAAGGACAAUCCAUGAUGAUCCGUGCCGGUCCACCGAUGCUCUACUCGCAACUGCAACAUGAAAUGACGCGUCAGCAGGUGGUGGCAUACUCGAAUCCGAAUGCGAUAAUGCGACCCGAUCCUUCGGAUCCCAACCUUCGGUGCAUGCCAUCAUCGCAGCCAUCCUUCCCUAAUGAAGCCAAAAUGGCUAUUCCUGUUGAGAUUGUUUUGCGACAGUUUUGCCUCGAUCACAACGCAACAACGUCGGAUUACGGCUUUACAUUAACACAAGAGCGAUUCGAUUCAUUACGAAAGGGCGAACUGGAUUUACAAUUAAAAUGUUUUCAACAUGGUGAUAAAAAACAAUUACAGCAAUACAACGUGUGGCCUACGAUGCCGAAUCGAAGCACUGAAUCGAGUGUUAAACGUCUCUUCAAACUGAACGGCAAUGAUGCACGAUGCGAUAGCAAUUAUUUGCAAAUAACAAUAAAAGGGACUUUCGCGAAGCAUCAAAGAGCAAAACCAUUGAAACACUCUGAAUAUCUCGGACGGAAAAAUCCGAUUCGUGGUCGUAAAAUUGCCUUAUGGAUUGCAAAAAGAAAAAUUUAUGGAUUGGCUGGCGCACAGCUCCCGUCUGACUAA